ACUUCGCUUCCUUACCUCCUUGACUGUCCCAGUAAUUACUUAUUGUGAACCUCAUGAGACAUAUUUUCAGUGCCACUUCUCUUCUUUGCGCCCUGGACACUUCACCGAUCUGCCCCCGCUAUUUUAAGGCCCGGACUGGACGAGCGGACGACUGGACGACUUGCGACGCCGAGCCUCCAUCCUUUCAUUUCCGCGACCCCAGGUUCGGCUUCGUUUCAGGCCUCAAUGCUCUGAGUUCGGCCUAGAAGAGCACUUCCCAUUCCUCCGAUUCAUGCCUCCAUAAUGUCGACCACCGCAACCACGACUGUGACGGCUACGACGCUUGUGGGAAUGCUUCCGACCAUGACGAGUGCUACCCCCAAUAUUUCAGGGAAGAAUUGUCCAACAUGUGGCCAGGACAGAUACAUGUCGCAGGAUCAAUUAGUCGAGAGCGCCCGGAAGAGGGCGAAGGAGUUGGAGGGUCAGGUCGAGCUGUUGAACGCUCACGCUACACAGAUGGCUGCACAACUGGCCGAGUAUGAAAAAGAAGUGCGCCGUCUCCGAUCGCAAACCAACACGCACACCCCCAGGACAGGCUCCGCAUCGUCCACAUCAUCCGCUCCGUCGAAUGAUAGCGAGAAUCUCCGGUCCUCGCCACCGCAGGCCCAGCAACAAAGUCGCCUAUCGUCGCUGACGUCUCUUCUCCCUUACCGUCGUCCUAGCACCGCAUCCCCGACCCAGACCAUGGCCCCGCCAGCACAACCCACUCCUUCUCCGGACCAAGCUACGACAGAGCUUCAGACUGCGCUCGAGCGAGAACAGAGCUUACGCAAGGCGGCGGAGAGCCAGCUCUCCCAGGCCAGUUCGGAGCUGGAGGAACUGACGGCGCAGCUGUUCAGUCAAGCGAACGAGAUGGUUGCGCAAGAGCGCAAGGCGCGGGCGAAAUUGGAAGAGAGGGUGGCGGUGCUUGAACGCCGGGAUAUCGAGAAGAGGAAACGUCUUGACAGACUGGAAAAGGCGAUGGAGCGCGUAGAGCGGCUUCGAGCAUUGGUCGGGUAGUCCACGGAUAUAUAGACUUCCCCUUUUUUUCUUUUUGGCUUUGCUUUGGAUCUAUUAUACCCCCUCUUUUGGUUCCGGCGGACGACUCCUGCUUUGGAUUGUUUUUGACGCGAUAUGGCCUCAUGAAUGGCCAUGAGCUAUGGGCCCAUGAGGACCACGACCAGCAUUGUUAUGACAGGAAGGCGUUUUGGAGAGCAUUUACUCUGUUGUUAUAGCUGAUGCUUCAGCAAUCUACACCAGUUGAUCACUACAUGGUAGACGGCUGUGCAAAUGGUACAAUAUGAC